AGUUAACUGAACCUCUCUGAACUUUCCCAAAUGUAAAAAGAGCCUGUUAAGAAUACUUGGCUGCCAGACUUCCUGUGAGAUCACGUGACCGAACGUACGCGCGUAGACAGGCUUUAUUUAGAAGAUUCACGACGCCCAGUCCAGUCACUAGCAUUCGGCUGGACCUGCUGGGCCCUCCGCCCGGCGCGCAGGGGUGUGGGUUCUCUCUCCCCACAGCGCAGUGGCCCCGCCGCGCGGCCCGUCAGGCACUGCGGGUGGCGCCCCGGGGGUUGGCAAGACCCUGACCCCAAGAUGGCGGCGCCCAGCGAAGUGGCCGCGGCAGCCUCCGGUGAAGGCGAUGCCGGGGGCAGUGGUUUUGGAUCGUGGCUGGACGGGCGGUUGGAGGCAUUAGGAGUGGAUCGAGCCGUGUACGGCGCCUAUAUCCUGGGUGUCCUGCAGGAGGAGGAGGAAGAAGAAAAGCUGGAUGCUCUGCAGGGUAUUCUCUCUGCUUUCCUGGAAGAAGACUCCCUUCUUAAUAUUUGCAGGGAGAUUGUGGAACAAUGGUCGGAAACUCAGAAUGUUGUCACCAAAGUGAAAAAAGAAGAUGAGGUACAGGCCAUUGCCACCCUAAUUGAGAAGCAGGCACAAAUCGUGGUGAAGCCCAGGAUGGUGUCAGAAGAGGAGAAGCAAAGAAAAGCUGCCCUCCUGGCCCAGUAUGCUGAUGUGACAGAUGAAGAGGAUGAAGCAGAUGAGAAGGAUGAUUCAGGUGCCAUCACAACGAACAUUGGUUCUGACAAGUCUCUGUUCCGAAAUACCAAUGUGGAAGAUGUCCUCAAUGCUCGAAAACUGGAACGAGACUCACUUCGGGAUGAGUCCCAAAGGAAGAAAGAGCAGGACAAGCUGCAGAGGGAGAGGGAUAAACUAGCCAAGCAGGAGCGCAAGGAAAAGGAAAAGAAAAGGACACAGAAAGGGGAACGAAAGCGAUAACCUUGGCCCACUCUCUCCCUUCUCCCAUGAACUUGUUCAGAGGGAGAACUGGUUGUGCACAUGUGUUAUUUAAGAAAAAUGAAAGAACAUUAUUGCAAAGUGGUUUUCCAAGGCAUUUUCCCUUUUGUUUACAUGGUCAAAGGAAAAUCACAAACAUUUCUAACUACAAAACGUGCCAUGUCUCUGGUGUGGGUAAUCAUAUUAUUGUAGUUGAUGUCUGUACCAAAGAUUGGAGUGGGGGCAACCUUUAUUUUUUAAUAUUGAAAUUCUGUGCUUCUUUUGGCCACUUUAAAAAAUCUUCCCUCAACUUGGAUAAAUAGCAGGAGGAUUCAGAAAGUGUAAACAGAGUCUUCAAUCUGAAAGAGCAGAGACAUCAGCAUUCCUUUCCUGAAAUGUGGAAGUGCAAAUUGCUUCAGAGGCAGUAUUCAAACAUUAACGUAGUGUUGUUUUAUGGUUGAAAUAGAAAGCUAAUGAAGAGUUCUGCCUGGAUCCAGAUUUUAGUUUACAUGGCAGCAAACUAGAAAAAUGGGAAGAAAUUAUUUGGGGGUAUUCUCGAUUUGAGAAUGUUUUUUAAAAACUUUCAGCCUACCGGAGGAAAGGAAGUAUCUUUUUAAAUACAUGUUUUUCUUCAUUUAAGCUGUGACUUUAAGAAGGAUAUGUCGGUAUUGGGUGUAAGGAUAUUCCAUAUUUACUAGAUUCAUCUUUUCAAAUCAUGGGUCCUCUUUAGUGCUGAUAGAGAUUUUAAUCCUCAUUUGCCCUAAAACAUAUGAGCGUAAAGGCCUGAUAAUUCCUGGUUUAGAAAAACUGGAACAAUCCCCCAUUUAAGUAAGAAACACUGGAAAUCUGCUGACACAAAGAUAUUUAAUAAUGUACAUAGUAGGUGCUCAACAAAGUUAUUGAAUGAGUGAGUGAAUGGAAAAAUUGCUUGGGAGAGUCAAAAGUGAGCAGUUCUCCAUCUCCACUUUUGUCACAAGCCACAUUCAAUUGUAAAUAAGGCCCUUCAAGCAGCAAACUGUCAAGAAGCUUGAAGACUGCAAUUUCACUAACAAAACAGAAAGCAGGUAUUUUAUACCUGGGGUCUGCAAACUACUUGCCCUCAGGUCAAAUUUGGCCUGGCCUGUUUUUGUAUGGUACAAGCUAACAUACACUGGUUUUUACAUUUUUAAAGGAUUGUUUCAAAAAAAAAAAAGAAAAGGAAAGGAAAUAUGUUUCAAAGACCUUACAUGGCCCUUAAAGCGUAAAAUAUUUACUAUCU